UGGAAGGGAAAUCAAAAUGCAAGAGACCCCAAGUCGCCUACAUCCUUCCAUGCUGGAGGACUGUAAUUAUUCCUCUCUCCACAUUACAAAUGAGGCACUUUCUAGGUCCAGCACCAGAACUGAGGCACAGGCUGCAUUCAAGAGGCUCUCCAAUGAACCCACUCUGUUUCAGACAGCACACAAGGACAGGAAACCAACCUCUGUGGCCAGCACUUCCUGGACCACUAGGAUGGAGAAACAGCUGCAAGACUCUUUGGACCUCUCAAAGAUAAAGAAAGUCUCAUUCAUUGAUGGUACUUUACCUGGAGGAGAUAAGAUUCCUAGUUGCUUACAUGGCAUGGCUCACCAGCAACACGGGAACAUCAUCAGUACAUCAGACCCCCUGGGUGAGCAGCAGGCAUCAUCACAAGGAGAGUUUGUUUCCUUGACUCCCCGCAGCAUUUCGGAUAAGGAGAGAGCGCAGACACAAACUGGGUUUCCAGGAUACUUCAAAACAUCAGAGCUGUUUUCCUCAGAAUUUCCCCAAAGAAAGCCAAACCCCCUUUUUACCAGCACCAGGGAUAUAACAACUGAGAAAACACCUUUGGAGUCUGCAGAAAUACCCAGGAAAAAGAGAGUCUGGUUUUUAGAGAGCCCUGUAGGAGAUGAGCUAAGGAAACCCCACACCUAUUACUUAAAUGGUAAUGUGAUUUCACCUUUGUUUUGCUGCUAAUAACUAGAAUGAGGGAUGCUCUAAGCCAGCUCUAAAGCUGGGUGACAGCAGGGGCAUUUUAAAGAAUGGAAGAACAGGGGCAUUUUAACCACCCAUCACUUGCUCACACUAGCAUAAAAGUGGUCACUUAAAAUAUGUUAAUUAUCACAUUUUAAGCUCUGGUGUAGACAGGGCCACAUGUACUUUUCAGAGGAUCCCUGGACUUCUCCAACAUGACUUUAAAAUACAUUUUAUCCCACUGGAGACAAACCCAUCAAGGAGGUGGCACUGUAAUGACUAAGAUGACAUGUCUCUUCUCCAUAUGAGUAUUUACAUCCAAAAAUCCAUUUCCACAUAUGUUUGCAAAAUAAAUUCAUUGAUGGAGGCAUGUAUCUAUGCCUCCACUGAUAACAAUUAAUGCAUGAGAUUCGGAGAUCAGUUAUGACUUUGUGGAUGGCAGUAUGACCUAGUGUAGAAGCAGCAGACUCAAGUUCAGGAGACCUGAGUAGUGUGCCCAGCACUGUCCCUGCUCUGCUGGGUGACC